AGAGAGAGAGAGAGAGAGAGAGAGAGAGAGAGAGAGAGAGAGAGAGAGAGAGAGAGAGAGAGAGAGAGAGAGAGAGAGAGAGAAAUCAACCGUAGCUCAGACGCGUGCAGCACCUUGUCGCCUGUAGGCGGGCUGUGAUCCUCGUCCCUCUCCGGUACCGGUAACUGGUACAGCUCCUCGGAUAAACCCGUAAACCGGCGCCGUUUCCACUACUCUUUCGACGGAGAGGAGAAUUAACCGACGACUUUGGCGCCGUCGUGUGAGCGCGCGGGACGGACAUCAGGUCGCUGGAGAGAGUGAUGACGCGGCAGUGAGAGGCACACACACACUCUUAUAUGCUCACGCGCACACACAAACGCACAUUUACACAUGCCCACACACACACACACACACACACACACAGACACACACACACAGUCUUAGCCUUGCCCUACUAAGACAAGUAGGAGGGGGGGGAACAUUCUGCUAUGACGCUGUCAUUUUUCUCCAUUACCGGUGUGUGAGCCACACAAACGCACACACAAACACAUGCACAAAAACACACACAGGCACAAACACACACACACACUGCAGGGAGUUGCCUGCAUGGGGGAUAACGACCUAACUAGGGCACAAAGAUGGAGUUCACAUCCUGUUUGUCACAUUCCUAACGCGCUGCACACACAAAACCCAUGCGGCCCACACAUGCGCACAAACGCACACACAAACGCACACACGGCGGUAAUCUGACACCUCGGACGCCGCGGAGGAUGAAGUGAAGGGAGGGGCUUCGGUAGCAGCACCCCACAGAGCAGAAGGACGCCAGCGCCCCCCCCAGAGCGACGCUACACCAUGCGCCAAGGUCCCUGAAGAGAGCGGGACCACCCACCCCGCCCCCACCCACCCCCAGACCACCCCUGCACCCAAGGCCCCGGGCUCACCCUGGUCCGACUGACCGACCGCACCAUCGGGGCGACCCAGACCCCCCCCCCCCAACUGCAUGCUGGGAAGAGCCCUCGGGUCGGCACCAUGAGCUGUAGGCCAGCAGCCACGCCCCAGCUCUAGCCAAGCGUCCCCCGCUGCACGGGAGCCCGGGCGUGUGUGCGUGUGUGUGUGUCCGUGUGCGUGUGUGUGUGUAGACGUGCGAGGAGGCGGUGUGUUUGGGCGCGCGGGGGCAGAGUGGGGCUACUUGGGCCAGUCCCCCCGGGGGGCGCUUACAUGAGCGCGAUGGCGGUGUGCGUGUGGGCGGCGGCCCCCUUGCUGUUCCUGGGCCUGUGCCUGUGCAGCGUGGGCGGCCAGGCCCAGGGCGAGGUGCUGGAGUUCGGGGGCGUGUCGGGCCAGUGGGGGCGCUUCCCCGUGUGGAACGCCUGCUGCGAGAGCGUCCUGAGCUUCAGCCUGCGGACUCACAGCCAGGAGGGGCUGCUGCUGUACCUGGACGACGAGGGCUUCUGCGACUUCCUGGAGCUGCUGCUGAUGCACGGCCGCCUGCGCCUGCGCUUCUCCAUCUUCUGCGCCGAGCCGGCCGAGCUGCAGACGGCGGCGGCGGUGAGCGACGGCCACUGGCACGCCGUGCGCGUCCGGCGGGACUGGCGGAACACGUCGCUGGAGGUGGACGGCCGGCUGGAGGGCUGGGCGGAGGUGAAGAGCAAGCGGAGGGACAUGACGGUGUUCAGCCACACCUUCCUGGGCGGGGUGGCGCCCGAGCUGCACGCCUCGCCGCUGCGCCUCACCGCGCCCUCGGUGCGCGACCACCCGCCUUUCCGCGGCUGGGUCACGGGCGUGAGCGUCAACGGCACGCUGGCGGCGCUGGACGGCUCGGAGGGCGUGGCCGUGACGGCGGGCUGCGGGCCGGACCACCGCUGCCAGAACGGCGGCGUGUGCAGCGUGGUGGACGAGCGGACCGUCUGCGACUGCUCCGACACGGGUUACCAGGGCAACGACUGCAGCGAAGAACAUGGCUACACUCCAGGUCUGGCACACCUGAUGAUCGGCGACCAAGGGAAGAACAAAGCCCGAGAGGAAUACGUGGCGACCUUCAAGGGCUCCGAGUACUUCUGCUUCGACCUGUCGCCCAGCCCCAUCCAGUCGAGCAGCGACGAGAUCACGCUGUCCUUCAAGACGCUGCAGCGCAACGGACUCAUGCUGCACACGGGCAAGUCGGCCGACUACGUUAACCUGGCGCUGAAGAACGGCGCGGUGUCGCUGGUCAUCAACCUGGGCUCCGGCGCCUUCGAGGCGCUGGUGGAGCCCGUCAACGGCAAGUUCAACGACAACGCCUGGCACGACGUCAAGGUCACGCGCAACCUGAGACAGCACUCAGGCAUUGGACACGCUAUGGUGACCAUCUCCGUGGACGGCAUCCUGACCACCACGGGUUACACCCAGGAGGACUACACCAUGCUGGGCUCCGACGACUUCUUCUACGUGGGCGGGAGCCCCAGCACGGCUGACCUGCCCGGCUCCCCCGUCAGCAACAACUUCAUGGGCUGCCUCAAGGAGGUGGUCUACAAGAACAACGACGUGCGUCUGGAGCUGUCACGACUGGCCAAACAGGGCGACCCCAAGAUGAAGGUGAGCGGGGUGGUGGCCUUCAAGUGCGAGAGUGUGGCCACCCUGGACCCCGUGACCUUCGACACGCCCGAGUCCUACGUGGCACUGAGCAAGUGGACGGCCAAGAAGGCGGGCUCCAUCUCUUUCGACUUCCGGACCACGGAGCCCAACGGCCUGAUGCUCUUCAGCCACGGGAAACCCCGGCAGCUGCAGCGCAAGGACCCCCGCACGCCUCCAACCAUCAAGCGCAAUGCUACUGCUGCUUUUCAGGUGGAUUUCUUCGCCAUCGAAAUGCUGGACGGCCACCUGUACCUGCUGCUGGACAUGGGCUCAGGCACCACCAAGACCAGGGCCAUGGACCGCAAGGUCAACGACGGGGAGUGGUACCACGUGGACUUCCAGAGGGACGGCCGCUCAGGAACCAUCUCGGUGAACAGCGUACGGACGGCGUACACCGCGCCCGGCGACAGCGAGAUCCUGGACCUCGACGACAUGCUGUACCUGGGGGGGCUGCCCGAGGAGAGGGCCGGCCUCAUCUUCCCCACCGAGGUAACACUAUCGCUCUGCUAUUUGACGGCCUCCGUCAUGGGAUCUGGGAUUUCCAUUGAGGACGUUUAGGUCCGCCCUCUUUUUAGUUCCCCUUGACCGAAGGUUAUGUUAUUGUUGUUGUUAAC